UGGCAGAGGCGGCUCCGUUCGGCGCCGUGACGCCGGCGGCGCUGGAACACCUGGAGGGGUGGCGGCGGUGCCUCCGGCUCGGCCCUGCCCUCCGCUCCUCGGCCGCGGGCAAGGUUGCUGGUUUCUAGGAGAGUAAGCGUCUGAAGAAAAUAAGAAGCAUGGAUGGUCAUAAGUACAAUUAUCCAAGAGAAUUUUAUGACCAAUAUGCUCAAAGCCAAGAAAAAUCUGUGGUUAAUAAAAUGCAACAGAAAUACUGGAAAACAAAGCAAACCCUUAUAAAAGUCACAGGAAAAAAAGAAGAUGAACAUGUUGUGGCUUCAGAUGCAGAUCUGGAUGCAAAACUAGAGCUGUUCCAUUCAAUUCAGAGAACAUGUAUGGAGCUGUUGAAAGCAAUAGAACUUUAUCAAAAAAGGAUUUGUUUUCUGUCUCAGGAAGAAAAUGAAUUGGGGAAAUUUCUUCGGUCACAGGGUUCUCAGGAUAAAACGAGAGCAGGAAAAAUGAUGCAAGCAACUGGAAAGGCCCUCUGCUUUUCUUCUCAGCAAAGAUUAGCACUGCGUGCUCCUUUGACUAGGUUAUAUCAAGAAGUGGAGACAUUCAGAUAUAGGGCCAUAUCAGACACGUGGCUGACAGUAAAUCGCAUGGAACAGUAUCGAACUGAAUACAGAGGAGCUCUGCUUUGGAUGAAAGAUGUGUCUCAGGAACUGGAUCCAAAUCUUUAUAAGCAGAUGGAAAAGUUCAGGAAGGUUCAAGCUCAAGUGCGACAUGCAAAACUCAACUUUGACAAACUGAAGACUGAUGUCUGUCAAAAAGUUGACCUUUUGGGAGCAAGCAGAUGCAACCUUCUUUCUCAUGUAUUAACAACAUAUCAGACAACACUUCUUCAUUUUUGGGAAAAAACUUCGCACACAAUGGCAGCUAUCCAUGAAAGUUUCAAAGGUUAUCAGCCAUAUGAAUUCACUAUGCUAAAGAGUUUGCAAGAUCCUGUGAAUAAACUAAGAGAAACAGCAGAAAAGGAGGACCCGCAGACUGAGAGCACCAAAUCAGAAGAUCAGCAGAGUCAGUUGAUUUCAUUAGAUGAGGAGAGUCAUACCAAGGAACCAGACUAUUCAGCUCAUGAUGGCAAGGAUUCCCUAUCCAAGUUACAAGGAAAUUGUAACCACAAACAGAAGUCAGGUGCUGUAGAUGACUUAUUAGACCUGCAUCCUGAAGAAAAUGCAUCAAAGGAGCAGUUUGCAAAGUCCUUGAAAUCAGAACCUGGCGAUAAGGAUGACUUGGUAAUACUGGAUGAUAUCUUCAGUGCUUCCUCCCUGGAAGAGGGAGAAUUCAGCAAAGAAUGGACAGAUGUUUUUGGACAGGAUGAUCUUGCCAUGAACUCUUCAGCUGGAGAUGAGGAUAACAGUUCAGCUGUGGCAUUGACUCCAUCAGGCUAUUUGCCCUCUCAACUAUUAGACCAAAAUAUGAAUGACUUGCAGUCAUCUUUACAUGGGUGGGCAGCUAACAGUGGGAGCCCCCUGUCUAUACCACAGCCAGCACAGAAACCAAACAGCCUGAAUGUGAAUGCUAACAAGACGCCAGUGAAAGGUGAACCUACAAGGAAUCCUAAAGACCGGACUGCCUGGUUCAGUAUCUUUGCUGACCUUGACCCGUUAUCCAAUCCUGAUGCUGUUGGGAAAACUGAUAAAGAACAUGAAUUGCUUAAUGCAUGAGUCAGCUGCCCAUGAAUUUGCACCUGUUUGCAGAAGUUUCUUGCAACUGAUGAUUUACCAUGCCUUCAAAACAUUCAUAUUUCUGUUCAGAGUAUUUUUCAUCAAAUUUAUUUCUGAAGCAUGUGUUACUUUGAGCUUGUUGUGACGCUAACUCUUUAAUAAAAUGAUUUUCACAAGAAAGUGCUUUUAUUCCCAGUGUUGGUUGAGAUGGUGGAGUGCUGCUGAGUUGGUACGUAACAAGCAUCCGAAGGUAACAGAUGGCCAGUUUUUAGGCAGUACUUAAUGAUUACCAGUACCUCACGUUGUUUUGGAAUAGUACUGCAAUAGGAUAAUAAGAGAAUGUGAAUUUACUCGGUGUCUCUUUCUCUCCCGACCCUCCCUUUAUAGCAAAGGAAGGUAUAAAAAAUGUGUCAGCAGUUGCUUAAUAUUGCAAGUUAUGCAUGCUUGCUAUGUGUACUGUAUUGGGCUUGCUUUGCAAUUUAUUAUGUUUGGCCUUUUAAAAUUCAGCUGAUUUUCACCUGCUCAUAACUGUAUGCUCAGUUAGUUAAUCCUUGCCUUGGGGUCUGUUAGAUAACUAAGUACCUGCACUGUGCAACUCAAGGUGACUGUGUAAUACAGAAGUUAACUGAGCCGUGCUGCUCCUCAAGCAUAGUAGAACAUGAUCUGAUGGCUGCACUGGGCAACAUGAAUGUGUAUUUAGCUAAAAAGCUAUGUGGUACUGGUGGAAGGGUGAGCAGGAAUGACUGGAAUCCAGCUGGCUGAACCCUCGUCAAGUUUUGAGCACCUGCAUACAAAUUUAUAAUGUUCAAAAUGCUGCUUAAGGUGCCACAUAGCUGUGAAGUCCAAAAAUGGAAGAUAUUUUUGUUUUUGCCAUUUAUGCUGUUUAUGUGUAUUUUCAUGUUUAGUGGAUAGCCUGAUCUCUUUAGGGAGUACCCAGCACUGGGUGGGGCCAUUCUGUUGUGCUGUCAGUAGGACACAGAAGCUCAUGGAGGCACAGAUACCUGUUUGUGAAGGUCAGUGUUUCCUGCUGUUUGGUAAUGGCUCCUUGCUCAAUAAGCUGUCACCUGUGAAGUCUCUCCUGAGAUGUGUAACUUCCUGGGGCAUUGCAGGGGAGCAGCCUGAGGUCCUGACUUUGAGUGCAGUCUGUGGCAGUAAGGAAGGCAUCUGCAAAGAUUAUAUUUGUCUUGAUACUUGUUAGAAUACUUAUGGGCCAUCUAUUCUAGCUAAUGGGUAAAGCAGUUCUGAUUAAAGCAAAGGUGAGGCUAAAACAGCUCAUUUGCUGUACUUUGAGUUAGAAAGAAAUAAGACUCAAAAAAUUCUUGUGUUUGUGUUUUUUUGGUCACAGAUUGUAGACUUCCAGGAUGCUUAAAACAAACAAACAAAACGCUCCUGUCUUAAGUGGGAAAAUUGAGGACAUGGCACAGGUUCAGCUAAAAGUGUUCUGAAUCUUCGUCAUGUUUUAGAUCAUACUUUUUAUGUGACAGAAUCCACAACUGCAGGUAUUUCCCUUAAAACUGCAAUACUGAUCAGUUCAUGCUAUGAAUUCCUGUAUCAUAUUUUUUUAAAAUUAGUCAGCUUUGAAUUUUUAGCUUUCUGCCUGUGCCAUUUUUCACACUUUUAAAUGGAAGAAGCCAGAGGUGUUUAAUACGUAAUUUUGCUGAAAGAAAAGCAGUUGAAACCCCUCUGUACAGCGUGUUGUUAUCGUGACCAUUUCAUUUAAGAAAAUAGGAGCAGACAAACGAAACACCUUGCAGAAAGGCAUUUUUUGGUGGCAGAAAUCUUAAUUGCAGAGGUGGAAGCAAUACUUCACUGAUCAUAAUGCGUAUGGGAUAUGCUUGUCUACAGCCUGGGCUACAGAGCAACUGCAUGCCACAGUGCCAUUGUUGGAGGAUUUUCUAUGAUGUGUGUACAGGCUCAGCAGUAAUUGGGACAUCAGGGUAGCAAAGCAUUGUGGCAAAAUUGUGCAUUGAUUGUUCUACACACAGAAUGCUCAUCUUGAUUUAAUAUGCUUCAUUCCAAAUGCGUAUACUUGUUUUGUAGCCAAUUGUCUUAAAAUAAAAACAGCUGCAGAACCCCCCUGUGGUGGAUGAAAACAGUGGUAAUUGAUUAACUGUCUUCAUCAGGAAGUUUAUUAAAGUUGAUGUAGUGGAUUUUGAUGAGUCUGGGUUUUUACAAAUCCAAGAGCAGCUAUUUCUGGGAGGUUGGAGUGUGCACCUUGGAAGAUUGAAUAGCUUGUGGAGAGAACUAACAUGGAACUUUUUAUGACCUCCAUAAGUGACCGGAAUUCAAUUCCAGCAUCAUAGAAUACAAUGCAGCUUGUUCCCUUCUGUUCUUUCCACAUGCAGAUCUCAAAGAGGGGAGCUUAGAUAUAAGGAAAAAAUCUUUUACAGUGAGGGUGAUGAGGCCCUGGAACAGGUUCCUGGAUAAGGCCCAGGGCAACCUGAUCUAGCAGUGGUAUCCCUGCUCAUUGCAGGGGUGUUGGACUAGAUGGCCUUCAGAGGUCCCUUCCAACUCUAAGGAUUAUGUGAGUCUAUAAAUUGAUGUACUUUGAUGCGUGGAAGUUGGACAAACUGGUCUUGACAGCUCCAAUAUGCAGGAGAUUGCUAUGAGGACCCAGGCACUGUGUCACGUCAGACUUGAGUUUUCUCAGGGCAUCUGCCAUCUUAUACCACCAUUGGAGAUCCUGGGUGAGCACCAGUGACAAAUGCUCCUGGUUGUUCCAUUCUUGGCUGCAGUUUUUCCAAUGAAUGUGGGGUGAGUUAGCCCUAAGGCAGAGGAGGAAGACCUGGAGGGUCCUGCCUACUCUCUACAGUUACUCAGAGCAACAGCAAGACCU